AUGUCCACGGCAAACGAUACUCAUCGCUCAACUCGAGCAUUGCAUGCCGACGACCCGCUCAAUCUCGUCACAGACGUUGCGCCUCCAAUUCAUUUGUCCACAACAUACAGGUUUCCCAGUAAUCCCAAUGACCUCCUGCCAUCGGUAGACCCUGUGGAUGAGUUCAACGGAAAGAACUAUAUAUACUCUCGGGAGUUUGCUCCAAACGCAACCCGCUUCGAGGCUGUGCUUUCAUCACUCAUCGGUGGGAAUGCAAUCUCUUAUUCUACCGGGUUAGCAGCUCUGACUGCCGCUUUGGUACUCCUGAAUCCCCGCCGCAUCUCCAUCGGCGAAGGUUACCACGGCAGCCAUGAGGUGAUCGGUGUUCUCUCGCGCCUAUCUGGACUGCAGAAACUGGAUCUCCAUUGCUCCGCGGAGAGCUUAGAAGAGGGGGAUGUGAUUCUGCUAGAGACCCCUGUCAACCCGCUGGGUACAGCGUUCAGCAUCGAGCAUUUUGCCCAGAAGGCUCAUUCGCGAGGUGCCUAUCUCAUUGUCGACAGCACAUUCGCUCCUCCAAGCUUGCAAGAUCCAUUCCAAUGGGGCGCUGAUAUUGUAAUGCAUUCCGGCUCCAAGUAUUUUGGAGGCCACAGUGACCUUCUUUGCGGUGUUCUGGCGACGAAGCGUCAAGACUGGACCAAGAAGCUUUUCGAGGAUAGACUUGCAUUCGGCAGUGUGAUCGGCAAUUUAGAAGCUUGGCUUGGCCUGCGCAGUCUACGUACCUUAGAAGUGCGUGUGGAGCGUGCAAGCCAGAGCUCCGAAAGACUCAUCACAUGGUUGAACCAAGGACUACAGGCCCAGAGCCCAGCCCCGGGUAGCGAGGAGCAGAUUAUCCAGAGCAUCGUUCAAAAGAUUCAUCAUGCUAGCUUACAAGAUGAGCCUUGGGUGCGGAAACAGAUGCCAAAUGGCUUUGGUCCUGUUUUCUCGAUUGUUCUACAGAGUGAAGAUUUCGCACGGGUCCUGCCAAGCAAGUUGCAUCUCUUCCAGCAUGCCACCAGUCUUGGUGGAGUUGAGUCCUUGAUUGAAUGGAGAGCAUUGUCCGACUCCAGAGUCGACCGGAAACUCUUGCGACUUAGUGUUGGGCUGGAAAACUGGGAAGACCUGAAGAACGAUUUACUUAAAGCGUUCAAGUCCCUUUUGUCGCAAUCAUGA